AUGGCACCACAACUAACCAUCAUUCCCGGAAUUGGGUUGUGGCACAUUCAUGGCCAUCAGGACAGCUGCUAUGUCCGAUAUGCUUCUAACUUUAUUGAAGGCAUUGGUCGGAUCGAUGGAGAGAUCAUGGAGACGCUAUGGGCACGGCUCAAUCUGAUUUCCCCUGCUGCUCGGGGAAUGUCAUCUCCCCACCGAAAGGAAUGCCUUGAUUAUCAGAUGAAUGACUCCAAUUUCUGCAAGAUGAUUCGCAUGAAAAGGACUCUAUGCCGGAAAUACAAGCUGGCGAGGAAUGGCAUCUCGGAAAGUGGAAAGGCAUUCGACAGACUCGAUGAAGCAGCACCCUCACAUUUGAAGACAGAAUGGUUAGCCAGGGAGAGGAUAGCUCAGUCAAGCAGAUUGAAUGAUCCUGCGGCGAUGGAUGAAUAUGAGAUCAAUAUAAAAAAGGCACCAAGCAAAAAGGAGAUCGAGCUUAGAUUAUUAGAGGAGGGUAACGCCCGCAAUGCAGCACCCUCUCGCAGAUCUGUGGCGACGUGGAUAUCAACAGGGUUAGCAAUUGAAGAGGCUCAGAUUGCAUUGCUCAUCGAGGUCCGAAGGAUCGGAAGAAGAUCCACUGAGACACAGAGAUUAGACAUUGCCCGUCAACGCGAUCGGCUCCAAGGCCAGAUAGAUGGAUUUGCUCGGUCUGCUCUAACACAUCUCGGGGAGGGAUUUGAUGCAGAUGAUGAACCUGAGGACUUGAACGUAGACAUUCUAGAUGAUCUCGAUGAUGACCCGGCGGAUUUCACAGAGACAUCUCAUACAUGGACAAACUCUCCCGAGCUCACUGUAAUCCCGUUGCCAUCAAACCUGGGUGUUGAUAGAUGCAGACGAUGCAUGGCAGAGGAUCUGAUUCCCCUGGAGAUGUCUCUUCGUGAAGGGCAGGCCAAUGAUGCCCUUCACAAUCUCCGCAUUUACCUUUGCAACAAGGCCAUCCUGUUCCGAACAACCGUUCGGCAGGCCAAAUCCCAGGCCCUGAAAACUCGAGCUUGGUCCCAGGUGACAUCGGUGCAGCAGGCAGUCUCCCUCCAUGCCAGCAUAUAUACAAAGACCAGGAAGCAAAUGAUGAAACUUGAGCCGGGGCAAGACCAGCUUCAGAAAUACAAACCCCUGCUUCGCGAGCAACUCAAAAUCAGCACUGCAGUGGGCGACCCAAAUGCCCGAGGUCAACGAAAUGAAUCUUUGGCUUGGUUUUGGUCUGUUGAAGUCGACCUCGGGGGUCCUGAUCAAUCGUGGAAUGAGGAAUGUGAGUUCCUGCUUGCAUGUCAUAUCCCACGGUUACCUGACUGGACCCAUGCCAAGUUUACCGAGUCCAUUGGCUGCGGGCAAAGGCACUACGAGAUCGAUGGAGGGAAGAAAUGAUAUUGGUCAAAUUGGAGAUGGAUUGGACAUGUAAGUUCUUUUUGUGGAAAGCAACCCAAUGGGGCGACCACAUGCAGGAAUCAUUGGAGAAACGCCUUCCGGGUCACGGAUGCUAUGCCGGAAGGCAAUCGCGAAUGUAUUCAUUGCUCGCACAGGAUGCGCAGGCAGCUUUUCAAGACCUACAAAACAGUGUUGAUAGAGGCUGGAGAUGAAUGAACA